AUAUGUACAUAUCUACACUGGCGGCGCUUUCGAAGAUCUAAAUGUUGCUGUCAGAGCAUACGAAUGGAGAAUUAGAGGUUUUCUUCAAUCUUCUAUUAAUUUGCAGAAGUUUAUUGCAUUACAGCAUGCUGGAACAUAAUGCCAAAGCACGUGCCUUUGUUGUUAUUUGAUUGCACUGCAGACGACAACUGAAAUGGCAUGGUCAGGAUCCCAGUUCCAACAACUUAGCAAUUCACCGUCUGCUCAGAGAUGGGAUAAAUUACAAAAUCAACGCAAAUAUACAAGACUUUCGGAUGACGGUCAAGGAAAAUCGGUUCAAGGUCUUAACAGAUUGAAACAACAGCAAACCACAAAUGGAAACCAAGGGAGCAUUGUGAAAAUUCAGGAUGUCAACCAAGCUUCAUUAAAUAUCAGUGUUGUGGGAAUUAUAAUUGCAAAAGAAUCGCCAAAGUCUAUAAUCUCCAGAAAACACCCAGGUAAGGAGUGCCAUCUGCUGAGCCUUGUAUUAAGAGACUCUCCAAUGGGGUUUGUGUCUGUCACAUGCUGGGGAUCAGAACAGUUCAUAGCAGAAAUAGCCAACUGUUACCACACUGGGGAUAUAGUUCAGCUGUCCAACUUCCAAGUCUUACUGAAAGCAACAGAUGGAAGUGAGGAGAAAUACAGACCUUAUACACCACUGCCAUUUAGUUUCUCCAUGAGUGAGAACCAUUCCACCAUCACAACAUACACAGGCUACGAUGUGGAGGAGUACGAGUCCCUACUUCACCUUCCCACCAAAGCCAGCAAUGAUUACUACAGUCUGGAGGACAUUGUGGCCAAUGGGCAGGGGCUCAAUGGGGAACACAUUAACAUACUGGCCAUACUUAAAAAGGUAGGACAGGUGAAGGACAUCACAACAAAAACUGGCCGACAGACCAAGAGGUGUGAGCUUACUCUGAUGGAUGAGGGAUUGUCAGCCUUCCCAUUUGUCAUAUGGGAUAAAGAGGCUGCCUGCAUGGCUUCCACUUGGACACCAAUCAGUACAGUGUUGUUUGUGGCAGAUGUUCGAAUGUCCUUUGAUAACUACAGAUCCUGCCUGGUGGCUACAUCUGAUUCCAAAACAAUCUUUACAGUUAACCCAGAUACCCCAGAGGCUCACAGCCUGCACCAGUAUGCCCAGAGCUGUGACAUCACAGAGGAAUCAGUGGACAACACGACAACUGACCCCCCUUUGGAGAAAAUAACAGACAUGUUUACGGUGUCCGAGGUGAAGAAUGUGAUGUGUGACUUACAGAACCAGUGGAAGCCUACUGUGUAUGGUGUAACUUGUAUGUUCCUUUCCCAGUUCAAUGUAGACCAGGAGGAUUUCAAUUCCGUCAUCGCCUACAGAUGCAACAAGUGUAAGCAUUCCUUAACAGAGAAGAAUGGUUUCCUGUGUUCUAAUGUGGACUGUUGUAAUGGGACCCUGAACCUGUUUGACACUGCUGAGUCACUGACGUUUGAGCAGGCUGACAUCGAGUACAGGAUUCCCAUCUCCCUGUCUGAUCACACUGGAACACUGGAACAGUGUUAUUUGUAUGGUAGUGUGGCAGAACACUUCAUAGGGAUCAAGGUGGAAAAUUACUUUAAGUUGGAUCAGGAAAAGAAGACAAGGAUCAAGUGGAGGUUUCUUUUAGAAAGAUGCAAAAUCUAUUUUAAGGUUUACAGAAGUGGUAAAGAUGGAGGAAAGGCUUGUCUACAGAUAAUGUCUUGUUCACUGGCAGAUCCUGAGGAUAUCUACAAUCUCACAUAACUGCUUAUCAUCUUCUGCACAGUAUGUUGCAAUAACAGGAGUUCACGUUAAAUCUUGAAUGGAGGACAGGACCCACCAUUCAGCAUUUUUUUAAUGGCUUGAAAGCAUUGUUAUUCAGAACUUUUGUCAUUUUCAUCAACGAUUUAUGUAUUGAUGGAUAUUUUAAAUACUUUCUAGUCUGUUAAUGAACAUUUCUGUGAUAUUUUCUUGGUUUGAUAUUGCUCAGGUAGCAUUCAUACUGCAGUUCAAUGUGAUGAUUUUAUAAUACUGUAGGAACAGUAGUAUGUGUAUGAUUGGUCAAACAGAAAUGAUCUGUUGGGUGUUUUUCUUGUUAUAUAUUUUUACUGCAUUUAUCCAUACAAAUACAUACUAGUAAUUAUAAAAAUAAACAUCUUUACAAUUUG